UAGAAUUUGGUGAGAGUCAUAAGAUCUGAUGUUGUACUCCAUCGUUCCUACACUCGUGUGCAAGGAUAACUAUUUUUCUCUUGCCUGGUGAGUAGUCAGUUUCUCUUAAAAGAGAUAUGAAUUAAGUCAUCAUAUUUGCAAAGAGGUUGCAUUUUGAGCUGAGCUGCGAAACUCAGAGUCCUUAGUGGAACAAAGCUGAUCAGUCGGCAUCCUUCCUAGGAGUUGAUGCUGACGAACGAUAAGCCAUAUCCCCCAGCCUCUAGCAACAUCUUCCAAUCAGCUCAUUGGUUCCUUGGAACGUCCUUUUAAUCCCUGGGCCUACAUGAAUAGUUCCUCCAUGUGAAGUUCAUAAACUUCUCCAAAAAGAACCAAACAAGAUUAAUUAGCUAAAACCAUAUACCAUUUAUCAUUGUCCAAACCAUUAAUUUUCUUCGAUAAUAACCUGUCGACCUUACACUUGAUUCUGCAAUAUUACUGAUGGUCUUAAACAAGAAGUCAUAGGUUUAGUAUAAUUGAUGAAAAAUUUGUCCCAUCAGUGUCACUUUUACAUUAUUUUCAAUCACAUGGAAUUAUAGUGCAUGAGAAGCAGCUGAUGACAGAGUAUUCUGCAAGGUAAGCCCCAGUCAUUUAUUUGGUAGGUUAAUAUAAUUUUAAUGAAGGCGUAGGUGGCGAUCUUAAAUGAAAGUUUCUUAGAACAUGCCUUUUUGUUCGCCGACAAUGCAUCUUUUCAGUUAAACCUUCCUCUGAUUAUCCAUCUCCCCAUAUAUCUAAUUCUUUGAGCUCUUAUGUACUUCAUCCGUCUCCAUAUAUGAUGCAUCUUCUCUGUCCGUACCUAUUCCAAUUUCAACUCUCCAUCUGUUUGAGUUAGCCGAAAAAAGAAAGAAAAAAAAAACCUCCAUCUGUUUCCUAAUUAUGGUGCAGUCAAAGAAGUUUAGAGGUGUCAGGCAGCGACAUUGGGGCUCCUGGGUAUCUGAAAUUCGCCACCCAUUGCUAAAGAGAAGGGUGUGGCUAGGUACAUUUGAAACAGCUGAAGAAGCAGCGCGAGCUUAUGAUCAAGCAGCCAUCUUAAUGAGUGGCAGGAAUGCGAAAACGAACUUCCCCAUCUCACAAACACCAAGUGGAGACACAAAAGCAGGCACUGAAAAUUCCCAUUCAUCUCCUCCAAAUGAUUUAUCUGAACUCCUCCAUGCCAAGCUUAGAAAAUGUAGCAAGGCACCUUCUCCUUCCAUGACUUGUCUGAGGCUUGACACUGAGAAUUCUCAUAUAGGAGUGUGGCAAAAGCGGGCAGGCCAGAGCUCAGAUGCCAAUUGGGUCAUGACUGUCCAACUUGAAAAAGGAAAUGCUGAAGUGUCUGCCAAUACAUUGCCUUCCAAGUCCCCAGGGUUAGCAGGGCCUGAACUGAGAGGGGAGAUGGAUGAAGAGGAGAGAAUUGCACUGCAAAUGAUAGAGGAGCUGCUUCAUAGGAACUGUUCUUCCAUUGAUGUUCAAGAAGGGGAGGGUAACUUGUUCCUGUAAUCUUUAAUUUCUCGUGCUGUAUGAUUUGAAAAGUCAUGUGUGUUGUAUAGGAUUAUAAAUAUCAUGUCCAUUCAUCGGUGAAUAUAUAUACAUAUACAUAUACGUAUAUUACCUGUGUAUAUGUAUAUAUGUGAGCACAAAGGGGAGGGAUACUUUACAUUAAGCAUUUGAAUUCUAUGAUGUAUCAUAAUUAUAGUUACAGCUAUAGAAGGUGUCCAGUAUAAUUACAAGCAAUUAUUGUUGUUUCGUAAGAAAGAAUAAAGUGAUUAUAAUU